AUGGGGUUCAUAUCCCGUCUCUUCCGCAUUCCGCGGCCAGAGUCCUUUCUCUACGUUAUGAGCCUGGAGACAGGCGCGUCAUUGAUUACACUGUCGCUACUCUUGAAUAAGAUCAGCGGUCUCUAUGGCCUUCUCGCCCUGUUGACCGGCUUCCACUUGUCGCCCGUACAACUGUCCAUGUACCUGUACUCACUCAUCGCCCUCGCCCUCGCCGCCAUUCUCUUUCCACACAUCCGAAAGCAGUCUCCUCUAGAGUGUCUCGCACUUGCUUGGCUGUACCUUAUUGACAGCUUGAUCAAUGCCGCCUACACCGCCGCCUUCGGAGUGACUUGGUUCCUGGUCGUGUCGCAGGGUUACGACAGUGGUAAACCCUCCGGACCAGGUAGCGAAACGAUCGCACAGACCGCCGGAUUCACCAGCCCCAAGUACGAUGCCGCCUACGUCGAAAUUCAGAACACAGAGGAUGGAAACAAGUUUGUCCCCCAUCCGCCUAGAGCUGUCGACCACUUGAGCAAUGUUGUUGCUCAGCCCGAGAGCUUCCAAAGCAUCAUUUUUAUCUCGCUCCUCUGGGCCAUGCGCGUCUACUUCGUCCUCGUGAUGCUUGCCUUUGCACGCCAGACUCUGCGCCUCUGGAUUGCGGUCCCCCGACACACCCAACUCCCUACACACAGUCGUAAUGUCUCAAUCGCUAGUGUGGCGGACAUCGAUCGUGAGCCAUUCACACCAUAUAGCCCUGAUGGCCAAGGAUGGAAGGGUAAGCUAGGCCGUAUCAUGGUUGGUAUUGGUCACAGCUACUGGCUCGGGGAAGAGGAGGAGGGUAACUGGCUGGGUAACCUCGGUCAAAAGUUCCGCGCUCGUUCCCAGAACAACAACGAGCUACCGGGUCCCUUGGAGCGAGAGCGAAGGCGCCGGUCGGGCACUGGUCCUCCCCAGCCAUCUCAGUCGAUUGUUCGCGCUGGUGUUAUUCAACAGUCCAUCCCGGAGCACCCUGGGAUGAAUGUUAAGAUGCAGGACUGGUCUGAAUCUCGAUAA